AUGCCGCACAUAAUCUGCGUCGGUGCGGUCUACAUGGACACCAUCCUGUCCGUCCCCCAUUUCCCGGAGGAAGACAGCAAGCUCCGGGCCACGAGCAUGGUUCGACGCCGCGGCGGCAACACAGCCAACACGCUCGAAGUCAUCUCCCAACUCCUCCCCGACCACAAUUUCGACAAGGAGAGCUUGACAUAUGCCACGGAACUGCUCCUCCUUACGGUUUUGCCUGACCCGAACUCCCCGGAUACGCAGACAGUCAUCACUUCCCUCCCAGAUGUGUCAACAAGACUCUUCCAGUACCGAGCCGGUGAGCACGUCGCAGCAAGCAGCUACAUCAUCCAGUCCGCUUCCAACUUGACCCGAACGGUUGUCAGCGCGAAUCCACUUGAAGAGAUGACCGUGGCCGAGUUCAAGGCUGCGAUCGAGCCACUGAUUCCGGCCGGGCAGUAUGAGGUAGAGGUGUGGAUACACUUCGAAGGCCGGAUGCCGGACGUCUUGCUACCGUGCGUGCAGUGGCUGAGGGACAGGUAUGGGUAUCACGGUAAGGUGCGCGUUAGCGUCGAGUGCGAGAAGCCUGAUAGGACAGGCAUCAAGGACGUUGCUGCGCUGGCCGACAUCGUCUUCUACUCGAGACUGUGGGCAGAAGCACAUACCGACACAGACAGCAGCAUCUGCGCACCGCCCGCGGAUGGAGAAUCCUUCCUCCGCUCUCAGAUCCCCUUCACUCACGCAGAUUCCCUGAUGCUCUGCACCUGGGGCUCCUCAGGCGCCACAGCCCUCCGAAAGACCAACAACAAACUCCAGAAGCUCGAGUCUGUCGACGGCUGGAAGCCCUCACCGAGUCACCACACGGCACAGCCCGUCGAUAGCGUCGGCGCGGGGGAUACGUUUAUCGCCGGGAUGCUGUACGCGAUGGUCGAGCAGAAGCGCUGGGGCAUUGCAGAGAGGUUGGCGUUUGCGAACGAGCUUGCGGGGAGGAAGGUGCACCGGCACGGAUUUGAGGGGUUGGGCGAGGAGUUGAAAGCGACGGAUAGGUGGGGAGGGGAUUUGGCGAGUCCCCCGCAGAACGGGUAG